CUUCCGAGAACGCACGUAGGUAGUCUUUCGCGUGCUCGUUCGUUCGGUCGACGUCAUGACGUGCCAUCGUCACCGCCACCGAUGCGAUAGAUGAAAAACGCCAUCGGCCGUUGCGUUUUACAGCAGCCGACGAUCAAACAUGGAAGCCGUAGUCCAAUUCGAUUACGCUGCACGUGAACCCGACGAAUUGACGUUGAAGAAGGGAGACGUCAUCACCGAUGUCAAACCCAUGCCCGAUGGUUGGAUGGAAGGACACAAGGAUGGAAAAAAAGGAAUGUUCCCCGACAACUACGUUAAGAUCGUUCAUACUUCAGCCGGCGUUGUUUUGAGAAAAAAAAAUGCAAGAAAGUGUAAGGUGUUGUUUAGUUACAAACCAGCAAACAGAGAUGAACUGGAGUUGAACAUAGACGAUGUAAUUGAAGUUCUUGGCGAAGUAGAGGAAGGUUGGUGGAAAGGAGAGCUUAGGAAUGAAAUUGGUGUAUUUCCAUCUAACUAUGUUACUGAAAUAUCAGACACUAAAAGUAUCAGUAGAAGUGACUCCAAAACUUCUACUGGAUCCCUUAAGAAAGAAGAAAACAUUAAGAAAGAAAAAUCUGUUGUGGAACCAAUCAAAAUUGCUGAUAAUAAUAUAGAAUCCAAUGCUCCAGUUCUACCUCCAAAACCAGCUAAAGAAGUUUGUGUUGCACUUUUCCCCUAUGAAGCUGUCAAUAGUGAUGAACUAUCACUAGCUGAAGGCGAUAUAGUUACUAUUUUAUCACGUGAAGUAGAAGACAAGGGCUGGUGGAAAGGAGAGCUCAAAGGGAAAAUUGGUGUGUUCCCUGAUAAUUUUGUUCAAAUAAUGAAUCCAGAUGAGUUGGCAACUAAAUCGGAAAAAACUGCCAGUAGUCCACGUAGCGGUACAACGGCUUCAUUGCGCAAAGUUUUUCAGAGUCAAAUGGAAAAUAAAUCUUUGGGACCAGUGGUGAGCAAAAAACCAGCUCUGCCACCACCACCACCUACGACCAAAAAACCACCCACUGCCAAAAGCUCUUCCACAUCUUCCUUGUCAAAAACUAUUAGUGGUAUUAAAUCCAUGUUGAAUUCCGAACAAAAUUCUACGGAUAAAAUGAAACAUAUAACAUCUGAAAUUGGUGAUUCUAAACAAUACGGUUCUAUAGCUGUAAAACGUUCAGAGUCUGUGGGUUCUAUGAAGAAAUCGUCUGAUUCACCAGAUGGAUCAAGUAUGAGUAGAUCAAUAUACCAUGUUACACCAGAAUCGUCCCCUACAUCAUUAGUAUUUACAAAUCAUGAUAAUAGUUCUCCUGAGCCCAAGAGUCCUGAUUUUGAUCAAAUAGAAAGAACUGCUAUGCUUAGUCACCCAACAGCAUCUCGAGCUAAAGCACCUAGAAGGAGACCACCAUCUGCAGCGUUUAAUGUAUCCAGUGAGGAUGAUCCUUCAUUGGAUUCUCCGCCUAUAAACGGAAUACCGGGAGUGGAUAAAGAAAAAGCCCCAUGGGUUCAAGAGUUGAAAAUGAAUCAAGCAAAAAAAUCAUCAAUUGCUAAUUCUGUGAUAGGUGGUGGUAGAACACGAGUGAUGAUCAAUCCGUCUACAACUACUAUAACAUCAGACAGUUCAGAAACCACAACAGUUACAUCCAGAUCAGGAUUGACUUCAGUAGGCUUGGGCGGUGUUGUUUUUAAACCUCCUGGUUACGUGCCACCUCUUACCACACCCGAACCGGUAACAGUUAGCACACCAACCAGUCCUGUUGCAUCUUUAUCAACUGAUUUUAAUCUGUCAACGCCAUCAGUAGAAGGAAAUCUAAUAGCAGUGUUAAAUGAAAAAGUCAAACAAUUGGAGUCCACUGUUCAACUGCAGAACAGUUUACUCGAUAAGUUGUCAACAAAGUUGGAAGUGGAGAUAGAAAAACGUACAGAGAUGGAGAAGGAAAUGAAAAAAAUCAUGGAACUCGUAACAAGAGUAUGAUUUGGACAACAGUAUUUCCAUAUAAGUUAAUAGUUAUAAUAAUGAAAAGAUAAUCAAACAAGUACUUAAGACCAUUACCAAUUUGUUAUUAAUAAUUUAUUUAUUUUACGUAUAGCCAUGCAUUGAAUAUCAUGAUUAUGUUAACUGUAUGUACAUUUUUAAUCAAUUAGUAUUGAUAAUUGAAAUUUAUUCCAAGAGUCAAUGCCAGAACUAAUCUUGAUACUGCGUUCUGUCUUAUCGUAAAAAAUUAGUAUUAGUUAUUAUCUUAUGUGUAUACCUAUACACAUUAAACACAUGUCCCUUGCACACAAUUUAUUUAUUUUUUAUUCUUCUAGUCUUUAGAGUCAAAUUGUUCAUCAUCUUCAUUAGUAUUUUUAAUUAAGUAUUAUUAUUGUAUUUUAAUCAUUCCUUGAAUUUUAGUUCUUUUUGAACACUAAAUGUGAUAAACAGUUGUAUUUCUGACAGUAAAUAGUUAAUUGAGUUUUCACACUAUACUUAUUUUACUACUAAAUAGUACUAAAUAAAAAAAAUAACUUUAAAACAAAAUUCUAAAUCAUUGGAUAAUCAAUUAAUUUUGUAUUCUAUUAUAAUAUCUUAAAAUAAACACAUAAAAAUAAGUUAAAUUUUCAACUGUACUGGUGGCACCCAAGUUUAUUUCCUAAAUAAGAGGUUCCUAACCUUUUUUGACUGACGGCAUCCUUAAUCAUUUUCUAAAAAUCUGGAGACACCCUUUACCCUAUGGCCUAUAUAUUAAAAAUAUAUUUCAAAUAAUUUCGCAGUACCCUAUGGUGCUGCAACACCCUGGUUGGGAAUCUAUACUAAAUCGAUUGAAGUGAUUUUUUAUACCUACUUUUUUAACAUUCCUUAGGGUUACAUGUUAUUAUUCAUUAUAACUAAAUAAAAAAAUGUACUUACCCAGAAUUGUUCUUAGUAAUAGUAUUCAAUUAGUGUAUUCUGUUAAGUUUCGUUAUGUAUAUUUUUUAGACUGCCAGGAAUGUGGUAUCUAUGGUGUUUGAAAAUCAAUGUAUGGAAAAAUUAAUGUUGUUAAUCGGAUAUUCAGUUGUAAUUUUAUAAAGAGGCUUACAAACUAAUAUUCAUAUACACACUCUAUUAUAAUAUAAAUUAUAUUUUUAUAUAUUUAUUAAUUUAUUCCCUAGUCCAAUUUUUAUACUGCUAAAUGUUUAAUGUUCUAAAAAAUUGAUUUUUUUAUUUUACACGUAAAUUAUUCAGUCGUGGCUAAACCAUUUUCUACCAUUAUUAUGUUAGACUAUAAUUUUAUAUUUUAUAUGAAUCAUAUUAAUUUUAAUAGUUUUUAUUUUAUACUAAUUUUUUUUUAGAAAAUAUUUAGUUUAAUUCUUUUCCAACGAAUCGUGUACAUAAAAUGUAUUUGAUUGUAUGUUUUUAAGAAAAAUUAUGUGCUUAAAAAAUAGGCAAAUGACUGAUUUUGCACACAAUAUGCUCUACACAACAUAAUGUCAUGUUCUGCGAAAUUAAACAUAUUAUCCCCCUCCCAACGACUAACGCUCCAACGACCAGUAAUAUUUAUUUAGUUAAUUUUUUAAUAUAUACCUAUAUUUUCAUAAAUAAAAUCUUAUAAUAGUGAUUAUUCAAAAAAAUAAAAUCUAUGAAUAUUUUGUUAACAUUAUUUUUCCAAAACGUGGAAAAUGUGUAGUAUCUGUUUAAGCUAAUAACAAUGUUAUAUAAUUGUAUAUCAUUGAUUAUUAUUAAUAUUUUUAUCAUAGAAAAAUGUUUAAUUAUCAUUAUUCAAAUAUUAUUAUUAUUAUUACUAAUUAUUGUAAGUUGUCCA